AAAACAAAGUCCUUCAACGUUACGUCUGAUGGGGGGCAUUCAUUCCUGCUGGAGCUGAGUCGACGCACCAGGGAUGUUUAGGAGCCGCCCGGACCCACCAGACCAAUAAGGUCUUCAGAAUAAUGUAUUGCCGUUUUCCGACCAUGUUUAUGGUGUGUGGACAUACUGUAGCAGGGUUAAUAAUUCGAACCGGCUAGUGACAGCUAGUUCUCCUGCAAUAGACUAAGUUAUCUCGCUGGAAAUGGUCAUCAUUAGACUGGAUCUGUGUAGCUUCCAGCCGUACCUUUUCUGAAAGGAUGCAGGUGAAAAAUCAGAUCUGUACAGAGAGGAGUACCGAAGACCCCGAACACGAUGAUAACCAGAAACAUACUUCAUGUUUUUCUAAUAUCAAAAUAUUUCUAGUAUCGGAAUGUGCGCUGAUGCUGGCGCAGGGGACGGUUGGCGCGUAUCUGGUGAGUGUUCUGACCACCCUGGAGCGCCGCUUCAACCUCCAGUCCGCCGACGUGGGCGUGAUCGCCAGCAGCUUCGAGAUCGGCAACCUGGCCCUCAUCCUAUUUGUCAGCUACUUCGGCGCAAAGGCCCACCGGCCGCGUCUGAUUGGCUGCGGGGGCCUCGUCAUGGCGCUGGGCGCGCUGCUCUCCGCCCUGCCAGAGUUCCUGACCCACCAGUAUGAGUAUGAGGCCGGGGAUGGGUGGCACGCGGAGGACGGGAGGGAUGUGUGUUCCAACAUGACCAGGACUGAGGGCAGAGACUCUGCCUUCCUGUGUGGGAACAAGUCCAACACCAACAUGAUGUACCUGCUGCUGAUAGGGGCCCAGGUACUGCUGGGGAUCGGGGCAACACCAGUACAGCCUCUAGGGGUGUCCUACAUAGACGACCACGUCAAGAGGAAAGACUCCUCUCUGUAUAUAGGUAUAGUAUUUUCCACGCUGGUGUUUGGCCCAGCCUGUGGCUUCAUAUUAGGAUCCCUCUGCACCAAAGUCUAUGUGGACGCUGUCUUCAUCGACACAAGUAAGCUGGACAUCGGCCCUGACGACCCCAGGUGGAUUGGUGCGUGGUGGGGUGGCUUCUUGCUCUGCGGUGCCUUACUCUUCAUCUCCUCCCUCUUCAUGUUCGGCUUCCCCCAGUCCCUGAAUGAGCAGGAUGUGGACAGUGGGGGGGAGAGUGAACAGGCCAUGUUGCCCCCCUCCCUGUCCAGGGAUUACGAGGGGAACAAGCCCACUAAUGGGGUGAUCCAUGGCUUCCAGGCCAAUAGUGGACUGACCUGCUGCGAGCACAUGAGAGUCAUCCCCAAGGUGACCAAGCACCUCCUGUCCAACCCUGUGUUUACCUGCAUCUCGCUGGCUGCGUGUAUGGAGAUCGCUGUGGUUGCAGGCUUCGCCACCUUCCUAGGGAAGUACAUGGAACAGCAGUUCAACCUCACCACUUCCUCAGCCAAUCAGCUGCUAGGUAUGACAGCCAUUCCGUGUGCGUGUCUGGGUAUCUUCCUGGGUGGUCUCUUGGUGAAGAAGUUAGACCUGUCAGCGUUAGGGGCCAUCCGUAUGGCCAUGGGGGUCAACCUCGUCUCCACCGCCUGUUAUGUCUCCUUCCUCUUCCUCGGCUGUGACACCGGCCCUGUCGCCGGGGUGACUGUUGCCUACGGCAAUGCGACCCUGCGGUCAUGGCAGAGACCGGAGCAUGGCUGCAUCAACAACUGUAACUGCUACACAGCCUCAGUGAGCCCUGUGUGUGGCUCCAACGGGAUCACCUACCUCUCUGCCUGCUUCGCCGGCUGCCUCACACCUAACCUGACCAGCUGUAUGUGUAUCAGCAGUAAGGAGGAGGAGUCGGUGGCGUUGCCGGGGAAAUGUCCCAGUCCAGGCUGCCAACAGGCCUUUAUCACCUUCCUUUGUGUCAUCUGUGUGUGCAGCAUGAUCGGAGCCAUGGCCCAGACACCCUCCGUCGUCAUACUUAUCAGAACAGUGAGCCCUGAGCUAAAAUCCUACGCUCUUGGAGUUCUGUUUCUGGGCCUGAGACUACUAGGUUUCAUCCCUCCCCCUCUGAUCUUCGGCAUGGGCAUCGACUCCACCUGCCUGUUCUGGUCCACAGUCUGUGGAGACAAGGGAGCCUGCAUGCUGUACGACAACGUGGCCUAUCGACACCUCUACGUGAGUAUCGCCAUCGCUCUCAAGUCCACCGCCUUCAUCCUUUACACCACCACUUGGCAGUGUCUCCGGACCAACUAUAAGAAAUACAUUAAGAACAGUGAAGGCUACCUGACUCCCACCCAGCUGUUUGCCUCCAACGUGACUCUGGACAACCUGGGCAAGGAGAUCACCCAGAACCCAGGCAACCGGACAACGUUUAUAUAUAACCUGGAGGAACCAGAGAUGAGUUAUAACAUGGAGUCUGUUUUAUAGUUUCUCCAAGACCCGGGGGACGACUAACUGGCUGGCUGCCUGACUGGCAAGCUGGCUGA